CAUGGAGGUGAGUAUUAACAGCAGAGCGGCAUAGAAGAGAGUGAGACAGAGAAAGAGAGAGAGAGGAAGAAAACCUAGAAAUCGCGUUUUUGACUUGAGAGAGUGUCCCAAAUUGUGAAACCCUAACACAGGAACGCAAUCUGGAAGAUGAGCAUUCGAAGGUUGAGUAGCGAAGAAUCGCAAGCGCUUUACUCUUUACUCAGAGCGGAGCAGCGUCCAUUCCAUGAGAUCCUCUCGCAAUUCAACUCCUCAAUCCCUUCCUCUCGUCAUUUCACUAUCUCUUCCUAUCUCCUCAUCCUGUUGCAGGACAACAAGGUUCUCACUACUUCGGAGAGGUUAAUAGCUUUUUCUCUGCUUCUUGAGGCUUAUUCAUCCCAGAAACCUGCUUCAAAUCCCUUCAUAAGCUUUGUUGUCAACGCUUCCUGUGAUGAAGGGUCAGAAAAAGUUGAGAGGGCAUUUAUUCUGCAGCUACUCGGUUUUGAUACCUCCAAUAAUGGGAAAGAGUUUCUUAAACAGUCUGCAUCAGAUUAUGUUAAAGGAUUUGAUGAGUCAUUACAUGAGUUUCCGCCACUAGAUCAGUUGAAGCAGCAGUUUUCUGAUAAAGUUCAUCUAGAACCAUAUCAUUGUUUAUUAAAAGAUGGUACUGUAAAAAGUGUAGUCCCAGACCCAGAUGUUCCCCCAAGUUGUGAUGCAGAUUCAUUAGAGUUUGACGUGCGACCUGGAACAAAAACUAAAUAUGGUGCUGGAGAUAAAGAAGAGGCAGUAGUUGGGUUGUUGUCAAAUCUUUCAUUGGAAGGAUUAAAUCCUCAUUGGAUCAGACCACUUCCACCAAGGCUGCCUAUACUUGAUGGGGAGCUAGUUUGGCUCAACCCCGAUGACAAUCAUGAACUUAUGUGGGACUAUGGUAUGUGUGUUGAUACAAGCAGAGGGGCUGCGGUAAGGGACUUAAUUGCAAAAGCUCUGAAGGGAGCCCUUGCACCUGCACAGCAAGAGCAAGUUCUGGUGGAGCUAGCCAAUGAUCCAAAGCUUGUAUAUCACUGUGGACUGACACCAAGAAAAUUGCCAGAACUGGUGGAAAACAAUCCCCUUAUUGCAGUUGAUGUUCUCACUAAGUUGAUAAAGUCUCCAGAAAUAUCAGAAUACUUUACAGUACUUGUCAAUAUGGAUAUGAGUCUACAUUCAAUGGAAGUUGUGAACAGGCUUACGACAGCAGUUGAACUACCGUCACAAUUCAUUCAUAUGUACAUAACGAAUUGUAUAGCAUCUUGUGUGAGCAUAAAGGAUAAAUACAUGCAAAACAGGCUUGUGAGGCUUGUCUGUGUGUUUUUGCAAAGCCUCAUUCGGAAUGACAUUAUUAAUGUUAAAGAUCUCUUCAUUGAAGUUCAAGCGUUUUGCAUCGAGUUUUCACGGAUUAGGGAGGCAGCUGCGUUGUUUAGACUUCUCAAGUCUUUGGAAUGAUUGUCGUUUUAGCUUGUCAAUUUCCCCCUCUUGCUGGUCUAAUUUCAAGACAUUCUGUAGAUAUGUAUCUACCUAGAGCUAGGUAGCGUUAUGUACUCAUUUCAAAUUGUGGACAAUAAAUCAAGAUUAUAGCUUUAAUGUCAUUUGCAUUUAAUUGUAAGGGUUUAUUUGUGAAAUGUUCAAACAAGUUAGAAUAGGGAAUUUAGAGUGUAAUUGAAUUCUAUUCUAUAACUAUAUAACUAUACUCCUCACCCUUCCUGUGGUUCUCCUUUUGUAA